GCUGACGUCAGCGGGCGGAGUAUUAUGGUCUGGGCUGCGCUGGCGGCUGCCUGUGUGCUGCGAGCGGCCGCGUAAACAUGGAGCUCUCGGCCGUCGGGGAGCGCGUCUUCGCGGCCGAGGCCCUGCUCAAGCGCCGCAUCCGCAAAGGGCGCAUGGAAUAUCUCGUAAAAUGGAAGGGCUGGUCUCAGAAGUACAGCACUUGGGAGCCCGAGGAAAACAUUCUGGAUGCCCGGCUGCUUGCAGCCUUUGAGGAAAGCUUUGGUUUUUUUAACACCUCUAGGGAGCGAGAAAUGGAGCUAUACGGGCCUAAAAAGCGAGGCCCCAAGCCCAAAACCUUCCUGUUAAAGGCCCAGGCAAAAGCAAAAGCCAAAACCUAUGAAUUCCGCAGUGACUCUUCCAGGGGGAUCCGGGUGCCGUAUCCCGGCCGGUCCCCCCAGGACCUGGGCUCCACGUCCCGGGCUAGGGAAGGACUCAGAAACAUAGCCCUGGCUCCGCAGGGCAGCAGCAGCAGCAGCACCCCCAAGGGAGACAGCAUCCGGGACCGGGUUAUCAGGGUGGAAGAGAAGCCUGGGGAAACCCCCAAAAAGAGAGGCCCGAAGCCUAGGAAAGAGCUUUACAAGGACCUGGCGGAGACUCUGGAUGCCUCCAAGAGGAAACUGGGGGAGCCGGGGGACAAGAUGGGGGACUACCUCAAGGCCAGGAAGAUGGAGGAGUCGGCGGCGGGGGCGGCCAAGUUCAGCUCGGGACACAGCGUCAUCCAGCUCGCCCGGCGGCCGGACCCCGACCUCUCCAGCGCCAUGUCCAGCCCCAACCGCGUCGAGGUGGGUAUGAAGCUGGGGGCUGCCGAGAGCUACGCGCCCCGGGUCGCCAAGCACCGGGCGGACUUUCUGGACCCCAAGGGGCAAGGAGGGCUGGACCCCGGCGGGCCCAAGAUCCUGCACAGCGCCGUGAGCCCCGGCUCCGUGGGCAGCCUGUACCGCGACGGCGUGGGCGGCCAGGCGGGGCGGCCCUCCCUCAUCGCCAGGAUCCCCGUCUCCAGGAUCCUGGGGGACCCCGAGGAGGAGUCCUGGAGCCCGUCCCUCAACAACCUGGAGAAAGUGGUGGUAACUGAUGUGACCUCUAACUUUUUGACCGUCACAAUUAAGGAGAGCAGCACGGACCAAGGAUUCUUUAAGGAGAAGCGAUGAGUUUCUGUCAGUGGUGGUGCUGGGGAUUUUCUUCGGUCUAGAUCCAGACAAAAGCUUGGUUAGAGCUUGGUGGGCUUAUUUUUUUCUUUUUCUUUAUUUUUUAUUUUUUUUUAAUUUCCUGGAGAGGAUUUAGAAACUGUCCUAAAUUCAUUAACUCAUUCUUUUUUUUUUUUCACGUCUUACAUUUCGUUGGAAAAAUUAUCUCUAGAGUUAUAUUUUCUAUUAGAUGUAAAUAUGUUAUUUAAGAAAAAAUACUUAUAUAUAUCUAUAUAUAUAUAUUUCAACUCUGAGUUGUUUUAUUUAAAUGGAGACAACAGUGACUGCUCAGUUGCUCUUAGAAAGGACAAUAAAACUGAGAACUAACGGAGUUCAUGCAUCUGUUGCAGGAGCCGGUGUACAUAAUGAGUGAUGUUCAUAGCUAAUUAUGUUCUGUUUUUUUUAACUAUUAUUUUUCAUAUGAUGCUAUGGAUGGUGAAGGGGGAAGUGUUACUCCCUCGGAGGGCAAAGUGCCCAGAUUUCUUGAUUGUGAUAUAAGGUGUUGCUUGUACAAUCAAGUGUGCUGUAUCCAGAACUGUUGCCCUUGACAGUUGAAGUAAGCACUUGAAUUUACAGUAUUGUUGGGGAGGGGGCGUUGCCAGUUUAAAAAAAAAAAGUUGCUACAAAAUUGGGGCGGGGAAAAGCAGAAGUCCAUAAAAAGGUUAAAACUGUUCUAGUGGAGUAUUAACUUGAAUUACCUUUUCUUGCGAAGGAAGAGGAGGUUUGUGUGUGUAAGAUUCCUGAAAGGGGUGAUACUGAAAUGCACUUUAAUAGAAUUGUCAUAGCAGUUGUGGGAGACAGAACUGAGCUGAGAAUCUGUUUUCAUUUUGUCUGGUCGCUUGAUUCUUUUCCCCCACCCACUUCAAAAAAAACAACAACUCUGUUUACAUUCCUGAAAUGCCAGAGAGGUUUGGGAGGGUAGCAUGUCACUGCCCAUAUUUAGAUGCUUUAUACUGCUAUAGAAAGUGGAUUUUUUUUUUUCCAAACACAGUUCACUUUAGACUGUUGGAAGACUCCAGAUAAAGCGUUUUCUAAUAUCCACAUCUCUGACAAAUCCCAGAGCCACCUUUAUGCAUUCAGAGACAAUAAAUAUUUCCCUUUUCUUACGCUAGUUAAACAAUAGCCAAGAGGCUAAAUAUUCCUGUGCGCAGAGCAGCUCCUGCUGACUCUGGUGGCUUUUUGUAUUUUUAUUUGCCUGCAUAUUUCUUCUGGCUCUGAAGGACCGUGCAGCUUUCUCCCAGGGCUCAGGCAGGGCAUAGCAGCGGGAUUUAAUGGCUCUGAACAAAAUGCAGCAGCUUCCCUCCGCCAGCGUCGACCAGAAACCCUCGGCUGCCUUGCAGAAAGCCCGUGGCAGCGUCUCGCAGGAGGCGCGGGAUGCUGCAGCCCUCUGCCCGCCCGCUCCUUCGCUCGCUCUUUCUCUCUAAACUCCAUUGCAGCUUAACCAAGGUGAGGAGAGGUCGGGGUCUUUUAGCCCUCCUUAGAAUGGAGGAGAACCGUUUCGUUGUGUUUUUAGUUGAUGUAGAGCAGGUGUCCUCAUGUCCUAACGCAUUGAUUUGAGCAUCUCUGUCGGUUCAAAAGCACAAAUCUGUCCAGCAGCCCCCGAGGGCCAGGGCUGGGAGAGAUUGGCCUUUUCCAUCCUUUCUGAUUGGCCCGGUGAAGCUCUUAAACGCUUUCUAAUUUGGGGACUGCACAUAAGAUGAAAGCACAUGGGGCCUGACGGGGGGAGGAAGGGGCUUGGGCGAGGAGCAGCCUUCGCCUCUGGUAGGCCCAUCUGGAUAACUGCGGCUCCACCUUGCUCAGCCCCUUUCCCCUUCCAUCUUUUGGGACCUUUGCCUUUGUCAGAUGACCUAGCAAGAGGAUGCUGUAUUGACUGUACAAAGGGAGCCAUUUCUGUGAUUUAUUUUUUUGUCGUUUUCAUUUUUUUUUGUUGUUGUUGUACGGCAUAUUUUGUAAAAUUGAAAUUUUUUAACUUGGUUUGUACGAAGAGCUGAGGCAAGCAGUGUGCUGGUUUCAGUGCUAGCGCUUGGGCAGCUGGCAAGGGAGGUGUUGUCAGAUGGACGAUGUUGGGAUGUGGCUGCCCUUCCUCCACCUGCUGGGAUGCUGAAGGCAGAAAACCACCUCCCUUUGCGGAACAGCCCAGAGCAGAGCUCCUGCCUCGCUCCGCUGCCAGGGCACGGCGGAGGCUCGGUGUGCUUCACUCCAGCCCUGUGUACCUAUAUAUGUGUGCGGCCAUCACACACGUAUAUAAAGCAAGACAUACAUGUGGGUGUAUAUGUGUGUAUGUAUAUAGCGACGUAUAUACUGAGUGUGUGCGUGGGGGUGUGUGUGUGUGAAUUAUUUAAAUCUAAGACUUGUAUAAAAAAGAUUUGGCUAAAUCUCAGUCUCAGAAGUGAAGCUUAACUACGUGUCUUCUGCCAGCCGUGAAUGUCCAUAUGAGACCUGCUUUUUAUGUGAGUUUAAAUAUAUACUUUGUAAAUAG